UUCAACUUUUCAAAGCCCUUCUAAGGCUUUCGAAUAAUUCCGGCCUCCCCCUGGUCUCUGCUCAAUAAAAAAUGGGCGAUGGGGACAAAAAUAAAAAGGUAGCCAUCGCCGGAGUGGCAUCCAUUCUGCUGGUGGCUUGUGUGGUGGCCGCCACUGUCUCCCUCACAAACAAGGCCGGCUCAUACGAGGUAACAAGUACCACCAAGGAGGUGGAUGCCAUUUGCGCCCCAACAGAUUACAAGGAGACAUGCAAGAACAGCUUAUCCGGCGCUGCAAACACCAACGACCCCAAAGAACUGCUUAAAACGGCUUUCCAAGUCACCAUGAAGAAUAUAAGCGACGCCAUUUCUCGGUCAGCUCUACUCAAGAAAGCCGCUAAAGAUCCAAGGACAUCGGACGCGCUUGAUCUCUGCAAGACCCUCUUGAACAACUCCAUCGGCGAUCUCGAAAAAUCAUACGACGCCGCAGGUGAUUUCGACGUCAACAACAUCCUAGAAUACGCCAAUGAUCUCAAGGUCUGGCUCAGCGGUGCCAUUACCCAACAGGAGACUUGCCUCGACGCUUUCGAAAACACUACAGGCGACACCGGCGACAAAAUGAAAAAUCUACUCAAGAUUUCCGGUGAGCUUACCAGCAAUGGCCUCGCCAUAAUUACUCACUUCACUGAAGCUGCCAGCACGUUGGAAACCACCAACAGCCGCCGCUUGUUGUCGGACAAACAUGGUUUCCCGUCGUUUAUAGACGCCACCGCUCGCCGCCUUCUCGAUGCCAACCCGGGUUCCAUUAAACCCAAUGUUGUGGUGGCGAAGGACGGCAGCGGGGAUUUUAAGAGCAUCAAUGACGCUAUUAAAAACGCGCCGGCGCCACCUAAGAACAUUAAUGCCACCUACGUUAUCAAGAUCAAAGCUGGAGUGUACAAUGAGUACGUGGUUGUUCCCAGGACUAUGAGCCACGUUGUCUUCAUCGGCGACGGUCCUACCAAGACCAAAAUCACCGGGAACAAGAACUACGUUGAUGGCAUUGGCACUUACCAGACCGCCACCGUCGCUAUCGAGGGAGACCAUUUCACAGCCAGAGAUAUCGGGUUCGAGAACAGCGCCGGAGCGAACAAGCACCAAGCCGUGGCACUCCGGGUCUCGGCCGACCAUGCAAUCUUCUCCAACUGCGCCAUCGAUGCCUACCAAGACACUCUCUACGCCCACGCCUACCGCCACUACUACAGGGACUGCAGCAUUAGCGGCACCAUUGACUUCAUCUUUGGUGACGCCUCUGCGGUGUUCCAAAACUGCAAGAUGAUUGUCAGAAAGCCACUACAAAACCAAGCCUGCAUGGUCACAGCUCAAGGAAGGAUGGAACGCCGCGGGGUGGGUGCCAUUGUCCUCCACAAUUGCGAGAUUCUCCCCGCGCCCGAGUUGAAAACCGUCCACCCACCAGCCCAGGUGUUCCUCGGCCGCCCGUGGAAACAGUACGCCAGAACGCUCAUCGCGGAAUCAUUCAUUGACGGAUUCAUUGCGCCUGAAGGGUGGGCACCGUGGAAUGGAAAUUUUGCACUCGAUACUCUUUGGUACGCGGAGUACCAAAAUCGUGGACCGGGCUCUGACACCUCCAAAAGGGUUAACUGGAAGGGAUAUCUGAAGAAUAUUUCUCCACAAGAGGUUAGCAAGUUUAGCGCCGGAGUGUAUAUUCAGGCUGACCAGUGGAUCAAGCCCACCGGUAUCUCUUAUGACUCGGCAUGAUGAAGGUGUUAGAAGCAACGGCUCCUUUGUCAAUCAUUAUACCAUGCAAAAUACUAUAUAUGUAUACUCUAAUUUUUUACUAGCAACUUCUACCCACUCUAAAAUUCUUGAUGUGAACACUUUUAUAAAGACUUAUAGGAUGAAAAUAACCUCUCAUUGUUUUUUUUUAUCACAUCAUAAAGUAAAAUGGAGGAAAUAGAUUUAAAAGUA